AUGCCCGUCAUAAAUACGGAUGUCCGGCAGGACGGCGAGGCUUGGGGCAUCUCACAGCUCACCCAGACCUUCAGGAUACCCAGCAUACCCAGUAUACCCGUCCGGAGCCUCCUCCUUGCCCGCGACAAGUGCGACAAGGGCGACGCCAGCCUGUGCGAGAAGCCCGUCGCAUCCUCCCACAUCACCGUCGGCAUCGUCGUCGGCUCAGUAGCCGCCCUCGUCCUUAUCACUGGCUCCAUCCUGACCUACCUCCACUGCCGUCGCGCCAGGAAAGACCGCGCCGACGACGCUGCCCAUGCUCACGAGCUCGCCGACUACGGCAUGGACCCCAUCUCCUCCGUCAAGAAGCCCCGGAAGGCCCGCAGCCCCGACACCGCCAUGCACCCCACCGCACACGGCCUCGCGCCGCCGAAUCGAAGGCUCUCGAGCGAUUCGCUGUCGUCGCUGGCACGGUCGAUACGCGGGCGAGACGACCCCUUUGGAUCGAAUGCGGAGGUUGUACGGACGGAUCCGUCAAAUGGCGGGUGGAAGGAGGAAGGCCAGCAGAAGCCUACUGAUCCGUUCAAAUAA